CAAAGAACUACGUGGCUAAACCUGGACCAGUCUCUUGUUUGUAUUGCUUUUUCUCCCCUCUUAAAAUGCAGAGGAAUUUGCAGAGGGAAGAAGUAAAGGAAGGAUGGAGCAAGUGGUGAAAAACAGAGAAGUGGUACUACUUUCCUACUCCAACGAAGGGCCUGUCACAGAUGAUCAACUGAAAAUCAGAGAAACCCAACUGAACUUAAAUGCAUGUAAGGAAGGAGAAGUAGUUGUGAAGAAUAUGUGGGCUUCAGUAGAUCCAUAUCUCAGAUGGCUUAUGAAAGAACCCAACACAACACUCUAUAUGGACAGCUUCAAAUUAGAUCAGGCCAUCGUUUCACUUAUGAUUGGAAAGGUAGUUGUUUCUGCCAAUCCUGAAUUUGAAGUGGGUGAUCUGGUCACUGGGGCGUAUCAAGUGUCCGACUAUAGCAUAGUAGGAGAAUCAAAAUUGAGAAAAAUUGACACCAAUCUGGCUAAACCUUCUGAUUAUUUGGGGCCUCUCGGCAUGAUAGGGUUGACUGCUUGGGUGGGUUUUCUGCUAAUUGGAGAGCCUAAACCUGGAGAUGAGGUGCUAGUUUCUGCUGCAGCAGGGGCAACGGGACUUAUAGUGGGACAGUUGGCUAAAAUCAAAGGGUGCCGUGUUGUUGGUAGUGCUGGUAGUGACCAAAAGGUGAAGAUGUUGAAAGAAGAAUUUGGAUUUGAUGAUGCCUUCAAUUACAAGUCAGAGACAGAUUUGGAUGCAACACUGUCCAAGUACUUUCCAAGAGGAAUAGACAUUUACUUUGAAAAUGUGGGAGGGCAAAUGCUAGAGGCUGUUCUCAACCACAUCAAUAUGAAUGCUAGGAUCCCUCUAUGUGGAAUGAUCUCUCAAUAUAACCAAGAUUGGAAGGAAAGUUAUGGAGUGAGAAACAUUUUUACCUUGGUAGGAAAAUGUGGGAAAAUGCAAGGCUUCCUUGUACAUCAGCAUCUCCAUCGUAUGGAGGAAUUUGUAAAGGAGGUGGGAGGGUAUAUGCAGCAAGGUAAAAUCAAAUUCAGAGAAGAUGUGACACAGGGAAUUGAGAACUUCUUGGAAGCAUUUAAUUCUCUAUUUAGUGGGGGAAAUACAGGAAAAGCUCUUGUUCAGCUCACAGCCGACUAAUAAGCAAGCACAGUGUGUUUUCCUAAUCCAGAAAUGUGAUCAGAACUUUCUGGAACAUACUUAAAAAAAAAUUACUCUCUAGUAAGUAGUAGACAAGCUAUGGGAAAAUUGGUAUAGGAGAAUGAAACUUUCUGUGUCUGUAGAAGUUUUUAAUAUUAUCUUUUAUUUGAGUUAUAGGAAUUGGUAUUUUUGGCCCUGAAUAUGAGAGGAAAUAUCUUCUAUCAAGAUAAAAACUUGAUCUUUUACAAACAUCAUAAGUUUUUCUUUUGUAUCUGUAUCUCUUUGGCAGGGCUUAAAUUUGAUGGCCUUAGGUCGUAAAAUAUAAUCAAAAUUUGAAGAAUAUUGUAUUUUCUGAAAGGAAAGUUUUUGGACAGACCAUCAUAAUUUAUAUAAAAAUAUUUUGAUAUA